AUGGCGCUUUCUGAUGAUCGGUCGUCGGAACUUCCAUUGAAAGAAAUCCCCGGGGACUUGGGUCUCCCGGUUCUCGGUCCAAUAUCAGAUCGUUACCACUACAAUUACUUGGAAGGUCAUACCGAGUUCAUAAAAUCCCGUAUGGAAGAAUACAACUCAACUAUUUUUCGGAUGAACCUUCUCUUUGCGGAGUUUAUCAAUGUUCCAGACCCUAGAGUCAUUGUUCUAGCUGAUGCAGUUAGUUUUCCGAUCCUUUUCGAUCAUUCAAAAGUCUGGAAGAAAGACGCUCUUAUCGGUAACUACGCGCCAUCAACUUCUUUCACCGGCGGGUAUAGAGUUAGUGCUUACUUGGAUCCUUCCGAUGAGAAACACGGGAAACUCAAAAGUCUCUAUCUCGGUCUAUUUGCAUCUAUACACCAUAAACUCAUUCCGGUAUCUCAAACAUUUUUUGGUGCUGUUUUCGACAAGCUUGAAGCCGAUGUAGCCGCAAAAGGUGAAGCUAGUUUCAAUACUUAUAGUGAUGAUAUGGCUGUCAAUUUACUUCUUCAAGUUUUCUUUGAUAUUGAUCCUGCGAAGCUCCGUAACAAAGGUCCAGCAAUGCUGAAUAGAUGGUUGGGUGUACAAUUCCUUCCAAUAGCGUCUGUUGGGUUACCCAAGUGGUUGAGUUGGGUUGAAGAUACUCUCCUCCAUACCUUUCCAUGUCCCUCAUUUCUUGUGAAAUCCGACUAUCAAAAGAUUUAUGAUGCCAUUUACACUUCGUCAACACCAGUUUUUGAUGAAGCCAAGAAGCUUGGGUUAUCAAAAGAGGAAACUUGUCAUAAUCUAGUUUUCAUGACUGGCGCCAAUGCUUAUGCUGGUUGCAGAGUACAUUUUCGUGCUUUGAUGAAAUGGAUACACAUAGGAGGUGAAAAUCUGCAUAAGGAUCUUGCUAAUGAAAUUAGAGGCGUUGUUAAAUCAGGAGGAGGGGUUGUAACUCUUGCAUCUUUAGAAAAGAUGCCGCUUACCAAAUCGGUGGUGUACGAAGUUCUUCGGAUGGAGCCGCCAGCAGAGAAUCAUUAUGCAACGGCUAAAGAAGAUAUGGUAAUAAGCAGUCAUGGUGCGAGUUUUCAAGUCAAGAAAGGUGAGGUUUUAUUUGGAUAUCAACCAUUGGCUGCUCGAGAUCCUAAGAUUUUUGAGAAUCCAAAUGAGUUUAUAGGGACAAGAUUUAUGGGCGAAGAAGGGGAAAAAUUGCUUAGGUAUUGUUAUUGGUUCAACGAGCGUCAAACAGUUGAUCCAAUCCCUGAUAAUAAACAAUGCCCUGGGAAAGACACCGCUCUAGUGCUAGCCAGACUUUUGGUGGUAGAGUUUUUCCUGCGCUACGACACAUUCACAGCAGACAUCGGAAAUUUUGUUACUCUCAUUGGAUCUACCGUCACGAUUAAGACAUUGACUAAAGCAACUAGUGAUUGA